AUGGCACGACGCCUUUCGCGGCUACUCGCCAAUGUCGUAAUUACUCUCGUCUCUAUAGAAAUGUGCACUACGAAAGAGUUGAAUAAAAGAAGUGCAACGGAUGUUAAGUGUCAUGAAAACGGAAGGUUUUACAGGAAUCCGGAUCGAGCUGAAGAAACGGUUUGGACAAGUCAAGAAUGCGCGAAUUAUUACCUUUGCCUGGAAAAUGAAGUUUUUGAAUUCCAUUGCUCGCCGGGACUACUAUUCGACGUAAAUAGGCAGCUAUGUGACAAACAAGAGAAUGUGCACAACUGCGAUCUCACCACAGAGACCAGAGUUCCGAAGCCCCUGCUUGACAUGGCUGAGUGUGCGAACGGUACCCAUAUAGGUUGUUCUGACGGUACCUGUAUCCCAGCUGAGUACUUCUGCGAUGGAUCAAUAGACUGUGCGGACUCUUCAGAUGAAGGCUGGUGCGAUCUAACUUACGAUCCAAAUGCUGCACAACCUUGUGACCCUAUCCUUUGCACAUUGCCGGAAUGUUUCUGUAGUAAAAAUGGUACACAGAUACCAGGAAAUUUAGUUCCUAGCCAGACUCCACAAAUGAUUACUCUCACAUUUAGCGGAGCUAUUAAUCAUGAAAACUGGGACACGUUUACUAAGCACGUGUUUACUACUGAAAGGAAAAAUCCCAACGGGUGUCCAUUAAAAGCCACUUUCUUUGUUUCGCACCCAUAUACGAAUUAUAGACAUGUACAAAAACUUUGGAACGACGGGCAUGAAAUUGCAGUAAAUUCAGUAACGCACCGCGGUCCGGAAGAAUGGUGGUCCAAAAACGCGACUGUAGAAGACUGGUUUGACGAAAUGGUCGGCGAAGCAAAUAUUAUUAACAGAUUCGGUCGUAUUCAUAUGGAAGACUUCAGAGGAAUGAGAGUUCCAUACCUUUCUGUCGGAUGGAAUCGUCAAUUUCUUAUGAUGCAAGAAUUCGGUUUUGUCUAUGACGCUACGAUAGUGGCACCGCUAAAUGACCCUCCUUUUUGGCCGUAUACGCUUGAUCAUAAAAUACCACAUUCCUGUACAGGUAAGAAUCAAUACUGCCCGACAAGAAGUUACGCGAGUCUGUGGGAAAUGGUCAUAAACCCGCUCGUCAAAGGUGAAAAUACAUGCGCCAUUCUGGAUAAUUGCCCAUUCAUUCAAACGGGAGAUGACGUUUAUGAUGCUCUCAUAAACAACUUUAAGAGGCAUUACCUAACCAAUCGUGCACCAUUUGGAAUUCACUUAAGUUCUACGUGGUUAAGAAAUAAUGAGUACUUGGUGGCUUUUAAGAAUUUCUUGAAUGAGUUGCAAAAACUACCUGACGUAUACUUUGUCACCUACAAAGAGAUUCUUGAUUGGAUAAAGAGACCAACGCCGGUGGUACAAUUAAAGAAGUUUCAGCCUUGGCAAUGUAAGGGGCGACAUUUCCGUGAAGCUGAAAUAGCCUGUGCCAAACCAAACACAUGUAAAUUACCUUCCAAAGUAUUGGAGCAUGAUAAAUACAUGAUUACCUGUACUGAAUGCCCAAAGAGUUAUCCAUGGAUAAGAAAUGAAUUCGGAUUUGAAUAG